AUGUGUGAGACGAGAUGGUCUGAAAAAUAUAAAUAUAAAUCCAUCAGACUAUUUUCUCAAAAUUUCCCAGAGGUUGUGAGAGCUCUAGAGAAAUUGUCUACUGAGGGAAAUUAUGCAACGAGGAACUCUGCGUAUCAGUUGCAUUCAGCCAUUACCAAACCAGUGUUCAUCUUAUCUUUACAAACAAUAGCCAUAUACUCAGCAGUUUUGGAACCAGUAGCUAAUGUCCUGCAGUCUAAGUUUGUAGAUAUGAUCGCGGUGAGGGAACACAUCAGAGGAAUCCUUGAUGUGCUCAGUAAUGAUAGAAAGGAAGCAGACAGAGUAACUACAGAAUUACUUGCAAAAGCUCAAGUUAUAGCAGGGGAACUGGAAAUAGAAAUUACUGUUCCACGUUUUGCUUGCAAGCAAAAAUUCAGAAACAAUCCACCAUCCCAAAAUGACAACGAAUACUGGCGACGUUCACUGGUAAUACCAUACAUAGAAUCAUUCAUGUCAUCAUUAAAUAUACGAUUUUCACCAGAAAAUACACCAGCUUUUGCUCUAAGUAAGCUACAUCCCUUGAAUAUGAGCAAUUCUAGUGUAACAGACUUCCUUAAAAGUGCAGAAUUGUUUACAUUUUAUGGAUUGGAUGAUAUUGCCGGAGAACUGGAACUAUGGUACAAUUUGUGGAGGAAAAAGAAUAUAACUGAAGCUAAAUUAAAGGAUAUGGAAGUCGUUGACCUGUUUAACAAGACCUAUAUUUUUUUCCCUAGCAUGAAAAAAGCACUAAAAAUGUUGAGCACUAUUCCAUGCACAACAGCGACUGUGGAACGAUCCUUCAGCACACUUCGAAUAGUGAAGACGUGGCUCAGAAGCACUAUGGGAGAAGAAAGGCUCACAGUAUUGUGCCUGAUGAGCGUACAUCGCAAUUAUUUAAAAGAAAACUGCGAGAUGUUAGAGAAGAAAGUAGUUGAGAAAUUUGAGGCAAAUCCUAGAAGAUUAUUACUGAAUUAA